AGUAGCCUCGCUAGGACGCUAAUCUGGAACGUGCGUUGCUGGCUUCUCAUCAACGUUGCUUUCGUACAUCUUAGCGCCUCCAGGAACGUGAGCAUUGCGUUUCACUGUUGUCCGUCUUCGUCACAGGACGAAAAACUACGAAAAAUGCUCCUUCUCCCCCCACCGCUCAACUGGCGGACCUCGCCACUCGAGCCGCCGGAGCAUCAACACGAACAGCACCAGCGCGAAACCCUGCAACCAGCAGCCAACGAGAACUCCUGUUCGCUGAAUUUAGACGUUAUGGAGGCGGAAGUGGAGGAAUAUGAGGAGAAAUUGACCAGCAGCUACUGCAGCACGCCCGCGAACGCGUUCCGGCGGAACAAAGUGGAUCUGGAGCAGGUGAAUGCGUUUCUCCUCGAGGAAAACCAGCGACUGCGGGAACAGCUGGGAGUAGACCGCGACGGCAAGAAUCACGGGUGGAGGUCGAGUGCAGCCUCCUUUGCCAGCGACGUAGUUCAUCCUACAGCUACCAGAAGCUGCGCUCGGAGUUUUAGCCGGUCCAGUUACAACUCGCCACCGUUCUUUUUCGAACGAGAAGAGGAACUAGGGUCUGCGCAUGAUACGUGCGGUUUACAAGAGCGAAUGGAGAAAAGCAAUAGUCGCCUUGUUGCUCCUGUGCCGCCGUCGUAUUCUUGCACCGGAGACGGAGACGCCGGUAGUUCUUCCACUUCUGAUUACAGCCAAAGCCAAACUUGGAGCGACUUUGAGGGUUUCGUGGUGUCGAUUGGCGGCAGAACGGGGAGGAAACAAGGCUCGGCCGCGGAGGGACUCGGGAAAAACCCGAAAAAACCACGACUGCAGCGCAAAUUUGUACCGAGUAGUAGAGCUGCAUCUCCGAACAAGCGGGAGUCAUCAGAAAAGAAAGCGCUUUUUCCAGUGCCGAGUAGUAGACAGCAGGUCGUGGCUCGGGCUCGGGGAAGCCGGGGAAAUUAUAAACCGACUGCUGCUCCGUCUCCAGCCGUGCACACGACUUCUGAACCAGAACGGGCAGGCAGGGAAGCGAAAAUCCGUGUGAGGAGCAACAAACCGGCACUGAUCUUCCGAUAUGGGGAAAACAGUACGACGACGAAGAAGGUGCUUGAUUCUGUCUCGGCGUCCCGCAGAAGGGCCAGAAAUGACAGCUUCGCACAAGAUGAAAGCUCUGUAGCAGCUUCGACGCCUGUGGGGGAAGAUCCAUUUGUGGUUAGACGACGCCUGGAUUUCGGACGCAAAACAGGGGGAUUGCCGGCUGAAGAUCACGGCGGGGUCAUAUUGAUGGACGAGGGAUCAUUUGCGAACAGAAGCAGCUCAAGCUCAACAUCGUCACCGGCUUCAUCUCCUAAGGAAAUUUCCUCACCCGAUGAGAUGUUUGCCAUGUCGCCACGAUCCAACUUUUCGCACGACAACAUAAGCGGAGGAGACCCAGACCGACAGCUCGUCGUGAUCCAGAAAACCGUCCUAGCACCAGAAGUCAGCACGUCUACGGGCAUCGAAAUCCGAAGAAAAGCAAAAGGCAAGGGGAGGACUGCUAGGGAGCAAACAAACAGCUGGACCGACAUCGUGCCCGUAAGUCACUCGGUUGCAAACUCUCGUGCGGCGACGGUGGUAGAUUCGCCGCAGGUGGAAGCAAAAAGUAGUGUAGUACCAACACCAACCCUUCCGGUCUCCGCUUCCCCAGGACCAAGACCUGAAAUCGAGGCGACAUCAGAAGAGCACCGCCCAUUCCCCAGUUGCAGUCCGUUUCAGGGGCCGGGAGUGACAGGACGAGCCGCGACACCAACGAUGGAAAGACCGGCCUUAUCUACAACAAGCGCAAACAGAAGCUUCGUCGUGCACAACAGUGACUAUUGGAUCAAGCCUGCACCACGACCCUCACCCGGAACCACGGACAAGCUUUCCGCAUCCAACAGAAUUGACGACGACGACUUUCGCAGGGCGUUUGAGCGGGCACAGAAUCGACACCAAAUUGGUGUUGUGGCCGCGUCGCAAUCACAAGCUAGUUCGGCUGCGAGGACGCGCGAAGAGCUGGCGCACGCUUCAAAGCUCAUUAUUUUGAAGAAACAGAAGGAGCGCGAGAGCGAUUUGGUGCAGCGGAAAGAAGGAGAUGUUGGUCCCAGCCAAGGGCUGGCCAGACCCAGCUUGUCUUCUUCGACCGACGGCGAAAUAGCUGAAGUAGCGGCUACAACCCAGCCGAAUCAACUUCCGGUCCCGAGCCCGCUGCCGAUUAGGAGCGCCCCUCCAACGUCUGCGCAACUAACGACCACACAGCGAAAAGUCAACCUGCACCAAAUGAUGACUACUCGACCACUCACCAGAGGAUUAGCCGCGCACAGUACGAGCGUACUUUCUGGCGCGGGCAAAAUGAGAGCAGCGGAACUAGAACUAGAAACGGGUGGAAAUUCACUUUCACACACACCUUCCGCAGAACAGCCCUCUGUUGCCGACAACAAGCACGUGGACAAAAUGAAUGCAGUCGCACCACCCGGUUUAGAUUAUCUCCUUCCACGGCACGAUGUCGGAGCUGGAACACAGGCUGCACAAUAUUCUGCUGCACAAAACGAGAAAACCGCACCUGCCACUUCGCACGGCGCCGCCCUCAUGAAGAAUAUCUCAGCUCUUGUCGAAGAUUUAGAGUACAAGAGCGCCAGCUCUCGGGUGAAAAAUUUCGGGGCGAGCAACAUCCGACAGCCGAUGUUGCCGGACGAGGAAGGCCGGAUUGCUGCGUCCGUUCCGGCGUUGGUUGGACCGUCUUCGGUUUGUUCGGGAAGUAGUGGUGCUUUUUUUGCCGGAUCCGGUUCCGGUUUAGGAUCAUCGUCUAGUUUAUCUGGAUCGUUUCCUUCCUCCGGUAUGCCACCAAACAACAGUUUUGAGCCGCGGGAUGCCCGGUCGGACGCGCUGCCCGGGCCGAAAAGUUCAUAUCUGCGGCAGUACCAGCAAAAAAGUGCGCCCUUAGCGGAGCCAAAACCAGCGGCGUCCCCGGGGCGGAAGAUUCCAAUGCGGAGUGAGUAG